UCUUCCCCUCCCCGGCCCCCCCUCUGCCGCUGUCUCGCCGCCCGGGGGCUCGGCCGGGGGCAGCCGGGCCGGGGGUGCCCACGCCGCGGGGGAGGCACGUGGGGGACGCAGGAGGACGAUGCUCGCGUGCCGGGUGUGCGUGCCGGGGGGUGCCCGGGCUGCAGGGGGGAGGUGCGCACAUAGGGGGGUGCAGGCAUUGAUGGGGGUGGUGUGCACGCUGAGGGGGUGCAGAUAUUGGGGAGGGAGUGCACAGAUGUGGAAGGUGCCCACAUGAGUGGGAGAUGGAUGUGGUGGGGAGGCACAUGGCAGAGGGAGGCACAUGUGAGGAGGAGCCCACGCGAGUGAGAUGCAGACAGUGGGGAGAUGCGUGCGCCUGGGGGAUGCACACAAACUGGGGGAGUAGUGUGCACACACACACACACACACACACACACACACAACGAGGAUGCAGGCAGGCGCACGCAUACACAGAGAAAAUUGCUCACGCAGCGUGCAGUUAAAUACAAGGAGGAUGCACUUACCAGCAGGGGGAAAGGGAUGCUCUUGUUGAUCUGGAUUAGAAAUAUGAGGUUGAAAUUUCUGGGCAACCUGAUGGCUGCUGAAGGCCACCAUCCUGAAGCCAAGGGGUGUCUGGGUGCCUGUGCUGAGGUGCAGGGGUACAGGGCAGCUAGUGGCAGUCUGCUGGGUCUCCUGGCUGCAAUGAGGCUGAGCUCAGCCCUGUGCCAGUAGCAUGGCUGGAGGAGUGGGCACAGAUGGCUCUGGGCAGCAGGACCUCAGGCUGCUGCCUGGGGCACGUGGGCAGACGAGGAAAGCAACUCUGGGGAGGGGUCUGCCUCCUGCUGGGUCCAUCGAAACACUCUGGCCCUCAGCCUCCACUUGGCUACCCCAGGUGAGCACCAUCCUCUUAAUGCCCCAAUGAUGCCACGGUCUGUGGGAGCUGUGUGCACGAUGGCAUGGGGGCCAGGGAGACCUGGGUACCCUGCAGAGUUCUGUGCCAGCACAGCCUCCUCUGUAAGCCUGGGGAUAGCCUGCUGGCCUUACUGGGCACCAGCAGUACAGGGAUGGUACUGUCCCAGGGAGCACAGCCCAGGUAAGGGCACCCCGCUGCAUGGGGCUGGAUGUUGCUCUCCUCUGCCUAUCCUAGCCUUGUUGCCCUUGGCAGGGGUUCUGCUCCCUGCCUUGCACAGCCAGAGUCUGGGGGCUGCAGCACAGGGAUGCACUGAGGAGGGCUUGACCAAGAUUCCAGCACCACGAGGCCCUGCAGACCCAUGGCCCCAUUCCCCACUGACUGCUGCCCCCCCCAGCAGGCUCGUCGCGGUCGCAGAGUGUGGCCAGCUCCCCCUAUGCCCCCCAACCACCUGCCGAGCAGCAGCUGAAGAAGAUGGAGCCACCAUCAGAGGGGAAGAGCUCAGAAGCUGUGUACCAGUGGCUGUGUAAGUUCCAGCUGCAGCUCUACGCACCAAACUUCAUCAAUGCCGGCUAUGAUAUCACCACCAUCAGCCGGAUGACACCAGAGGACCUCACGGCCAUUGGUGUCACCAAGCCGGGGCACAGGAAGAAGAUCGCCUCUGAGAUCAAUAACCUCAACAUCCCCGAGUGGCUGCCCGAGUACAAGCCGGCCAACCUGGCGCUGUGGCUCUCCAUGAUUGGCCUGUCCCAGUACUACAAGGUGCUAGUGGAGAACGGCUACGAGAACAUCGACUUCAUCACUGACAUCACCUGGGAGGACCUGCAGGAGAUCGGCAUCACCAAGCUGGGCCACCAGAAGAAGCUGAUGCUGGCAGUGAAGAAGCUGGCAGAGCUGCAGCGGGCUGAGCUGGGCAAGUACGAGCCAGGCACACUGAAGAGGAAGGCGGCGGCAUGCCCAGAGGUGCUGGCCAUCGAGUCCCCACCACCUGAGCCACCCGAGUGCCAGUCACCCAAGAUGACAACGUUCCAGGACAGCGAGCUGAGCAGCGAGCUGCAGGUGGCCAUGACAGGUGAAGGCCCUGAAGAGACGCCUGAGAAGCCAGCCAACCCUGCAGCCCCUGGCUACCGAUCGCCACCAGCGCUGGGCGGCCGCGCCAGGCAGAUGAGCAGCUCACAGGAGCUGCUGGGCGAUGGUCCCCGUGCCCCUGCCAGCACCGCCAUCUCCAAGAGCCAGGAGUACCUGGCAGAGGGGGCCCCUGAGGGUCCCCCCGUGCCACCAACCAAGGAGCUUCGCCAGCCACGGCACGGCCACUCUGUCAAGCGUGCCAGUGUUCCGCCGGUGCCCGGCAAACCCAGGCAGCCCUUCCCACCUACCGCCGGGCACCUGACACCACCGCAGACCCCCGGCAAGCCACGUCCACCCUCCCCACAGGGCCCAUCGGCACCCCACGCCACUGCCAAGGUGAAGCCCACUCCACAGCUGCUGCCGCCGGGUGAGCGCCCCGCAUCACCCCGCUCCCUGCCCCAGUCUCCCACGCACCGCGGCUUUGCCUACGUCCUUCCGCAGCCCACUGAUGGUGAGGGCGUCCCCCCGGGGGUGCCGGUUCUGCCCGUCUCAGUGCCGGUGCUGUGCCUGCCACCAGCGGGCGAGGGUGAGGAGGAGCCGGGGAGGCCGAAGAAGCGGGCACACAGCCUGAACCGCUACGCCGCCUCCGACAGCGAGCAGGAACGGGACGAGCUGCUGGUGCCCGACGCAGGGCCUUAUGCCACUGUGCAGCGGCGUGUGGGGCGCAGCCACUCAGUGCGGGCACCUGCCGGUGGUGACAAGAAUGUCAACCGCAGCCAGUCCUUCGCCAUCCGCCCCAAGAAGAAGGGGCCCCCGCCACCACCCCCCAAGCGCUCCAGCUCUGCCAUCUCCAGCGCUGGCAUGGCCGAGGACUUCCCCAAGGAUGGUGAAGGUGAGGUGGCCGCCGGAACCCCUGGCACUGAGGGGGAGAGUCGCCAGGAGCAGCGGCGUGCCAGCGAUCUGGGUGGCAGCGUGGACACGGGCAGCGCCGGCAGCGUGCGCAGCAUUGCAGCCAUGCUGGAGAUGUCCUCCAUUGGUGGUGGGGCACGGGCGUUGGCCCUGCAGAAACCACCUGCGGCUGGUGUGCCUGGGAAGGGGCCCGAUGGGUACUAUCUGCAGCCAGGAGCUCCCCCAGGGAGCCCUGAGCGUGCCCGUGUGGCCACCGUCCUGGCUACCGUCAAGCACAAGGAGGCCAUUGGGCUGGAUGGGGAGGUUGUGAACCGACGCCGGACCAUCAGCGGUCCUGUCACCGGGCUGGUGGCGGCCACACGCCGUGAGCGUGCCGACAGUGUGCGCUCCGAGACUGGCGCCGAUGGCCCCAGUGAGCGUCUGCGGGCUGAGCGCGGUGGCUCUCCAGACACAAUUCCCUUCGCUGAGGAGGGCAACCUCACCAUCAAGCAGCGACCACGUGCCCUGGGACCGGCCCGGGUGGAGGCAGGCGAAGGGCUGUCCCCAGCACACCGCCAUGGGGACCUGGCCAAGGUGGAGGCCAGCGCCACACUCAAGAGGCGCAUCCGUGCCCGGCAGAGCCAGCAGGACAGCGUCCGCUUCAUCCUCACUGAGUCUGACACUGUCAAGCGCCGGCCCAAGGCCAAGGACAAGGAGCCAGCACUGGAGCAAGCCCCUCUUGUCGUCUACCAGAAUGGCACCGGCACUGUCAAGCGGAGGCCGGCCUCAGAGCUGAGUGGAGCUGAGACUCCCCCAACCCCACCGCCUGCCACCCGCCCCGACGGCCCUGACUUCACCCCACCGCCUGCUGAGCCCAAAAAACCCUUCAAGCCACCGGUGUCCCCCAAGCCUGUGCUAACGCAGCCAGCGCAGAAGGUCCCUGGGCCACCGGUGCCCAUCCCUAAGAAGAUGCCCAUCCCAAGCCCAGGCAGCCCAGAGGUGAAGCGUGUCCAUGGCACACCACCGCCCGUAUCCCCCAAGCCCACACCACCCCCCACAGCCCCCAAGCCCCCCAAACCCCAUGCCGCCAUCCAGUCGGUGAGCGCGGGCUCCACGCCAACUCCGUCCCCUGCCCGGCAGCUGGGCGCUACUGCCAAGCCCUCCAGCACACCACCCUCACUCUGCUCCAGCCCUGCCAAGCCCCUCUCACCCGGCGCUCAGCCCCAGCAGGUGCCAGUGAAACCGCCGCGUUCCGCUAUCGCCGGACCCUCUGUUGACAGUGCCAGCCCUGAGCUGGUGCAGCAGAAGCUGGAAGAGACCAGCGCAUCCCUGGCUGCUGCGCUGCAGGCUGUGGAGGAGAAGAUCAAACAGGAGGACAGCCAGGCAGCAGACUCCGCUGCAGAGGCCAAGAGCACAGGCAGCAUCCUGGAUGACAUCGGCAGCAUGUUCGAUGACCUGGCCGACCAGCUGGAUGCCAUGCUGGAGUGAGGGGCGCGACGGCCCCGCGAACCUCAGGGCUUACGUGGGCACAAGGGCACAACGAUCCGCGACCUCCCAGCCCCACCAUCCCCUUUGUACAGCCGUCCCCUCCUGGACCUCCCAUCCCUUGGGGUUUGCACAAAGAAGAAGAUACCUCAGGAUUGUGCUCACGGACUCGGCGCCCGCCCGCCCGCCACGGCUCCGGCAGGACUCCCUUCUGCAGAAGCAAAAAAAUACAAUAGAAGAAGCAAAGCAACACCACCCGGCCUGAAGCGCCCUGCUCGCACCAGAUCUGGGUUUGGGGUUUUCUCUCCCUACCCGUGGUGGCCCCGUGGUUGCCCUGCCGGCCCCGGUCCCCGAAUGUAGCACAACCCCGGUGCGGCACUGAUGGCAUUCAUCCACCCGUGCCCUCUUGUUCUGGUGGCGAGUCCGGAUGGGCGAUGCACUUAGGUUUCUUGAAUUUUUCUUUUCAUUUUCUCUUUUUGUCAUUUUUUUCCUCUGUUGUUCGCGAGCAUUGGGGUGGGCACGGUGCUGGGUACCCCCACAGCACCCGGACCCCUGCACCUGCAGCUCUCCAGCCCCGUGCUGCUGCUGUGGGCUCUUCACGUCGGGGUGGGAAAGGGGCUUUUUGUCGGUACCAUUGCAAAUGGAUGAGCUCCUGCUUGGGGCAGGUGGGGAGCAGCAGGUUGUGCCCCUGCCUGGCCCCUCGCCGCCGGGGGAGAGGACGUCAUGAGCUAUAAAGAAGUAUUAAUUUAUUGGAGGGGAAAAACGACUGAGAGAUAUAAAGCAGUAUUUCCCCCA